AUCAUCUUCCCGCCCAUGUCGCGAGAGAUCCCACAUUCAUCGACAUUUUUCAAAGCACUCCACUAAACACACUUCGUUGAUCGCUUUGUUUCGAGUCGCCUCCGCCUCCACUCCCAUUAUUGGAGUUAACUACUCUCCGUACUUCCCUGGUCGAGACUCGCUGCCCUGAUCAUACCUCUUAUAACCACACCCAGAUUUUGCCCAUAUCAACACCGCAGGGCCACAACCUGACCCCAUCCUCUCUGUUUUCAGACACCCGGCCCACCUUGAGCUGCAGUUUGCCACUUUUGUUCCAUUUUAUCGUCCUUUUGAUUCCAUCGGCCUUGCCAAGGGACAAUAUUCAUCGUCUCUUUAAGUCCAGGCGCGCGUUUUGACCUCAGAUCCUCCAACCCCCUCGAACCAUCGAACCACAUCCGUCUCCCUUCGUCCUCUCCUUCCUCGACGUCGAUCGUGCCGCUGCAGCGGAGUCCUCUGGUUUCGUUCUUAACCUCUCAAGACUCCAAACGACCUACAUUGCGUGUUGCGCGAGAUUGUCGGAUAUCUGCAGUUCGCGGCCUCCUUGCGAGGAUCGCGCUCACCCUGCGAAGCCUUUUCUAUUGGACGCGAGGACUCGGCAAUUCAACCUUUGAUUUGUUGUCAACCGGACUGCGGGAGAAAUGAGUAACAGCACGGGCCAGUCGAGGCAAACCGCGCCGCUGUAUGAGAACGGACUCCAGCGCAACUCUUCCAACGUUUCCACACCGGCGGCGCCUCACCUCUCUAUCUCCACUUCCAAUCCUCUCCCAUCUGCCAUGAACAGAAUGCCCUCCGAUGUCUUUUCUCCCGUCGCGUCACAGCCCUCCGCGCUACCUUCUACCUUUUCUUACGCUCUCACUCCCAUCGGAAAAACGCCUGCCUUUGAGCCACAAAACCCGGGCCUCAGUCUCGCUGCUGAUUCCGAAAGGCCACUGUCGGGUAUGAAUAACGAAAACGUUGCUCCCGGCAGCAUCAACUUGCCUGCCGGCCAUGCUGCCAUGCUAAUACGACGACUUCCGAGGAAUACCAGUCAUGAAGCACUCCGAACCAUGCUAUUGUUCACGAAAAAUUUCAUUAAUACGACUUUUGUUCCCAACACAUACCCUGAUGAUGGGGAUCUCCUGACUGCCGUGGCCUUCUUUGAAACACGAUCAGCUGCUGAGGAAGCGCGGGAGAUGCUGAAUGGGAAACGAAACUCUACGAAUGAAGCCAAUAUGAUCGUCGAAGUCAUUUUAGACGCUCCAUCCGCUACAGCUAUGCUGCAAAGACGCAAUACCAUCGACCAAGUUCCACGUUCAAGCGUUAUAAAUUCUCUAUCGCAGGUUACUCCGCCAGGGUUGGCGUCGCAGCCCAAUCUUCUAUCGAGAUUUGACCAAGGUGUAGCGUCAAACGGAACCGUCGGCCAUAACGAUUUUCAGUCUCCUGAUCAAGCCUCCCGGCUUCAGUCGCUUUUCUCCUCGCAGUCGCCUCUCGGGGAUGGCUUGAACGGGCGACCCCGCAUCACUGGAAAAUCCGUCAUUGAUCAAGAAGUCGACGAGGAUACAGGAGAGCUUUUGAAGGACCCGAUUGCAUACGCACGAAAUGGCCAUUCCGGCUCCAUGGCUAUGCCGCGUCGUUCAACCAACCCUCCUAUGCCUCUCAGCAAUUUUGGCAACCUAAGUUUAUCAACCAAUUUGACAUCCCCAUCCUUACAGUCUUUCGGGAGUGGAACCUCUACGCGUCCUACGCCUUCUAGCGCAAUGUCACCCAAUUUCCCCAAUAUCGGACCGAAUAAUGGAUACCAUCAGACAACAUAUCAUCGCCUUAACUAUCCUCCGGUCAAUCCAGCCGAUCAAAACCCGCCGUGCAAUACGUUGUACGUCGGAAAUCUACCGCCCGAUACUUCUGAAGACGAACUCAAAGCUUUGUUUUCCAGACAACGGGGAUAUAAGCGUAUGAUCUUCCGUCAAAAACCCAAUGGACCGAUAUGCUUUGUUGAAUUUGAUGAUAUAUCCUGGGCGACGAAGAGCCUGAAAGAGCUCUAUGGAUAUGAGUUAUCGAACAGUAUCAAGGGCGGUAUCCGUUUGAGCUUCUCCAAAAAUCCGCUUGGGGUUCGGAACAGCCAAGCUGGAAAUAUGCAUUCCACAAACCCAAUGACUUCGCACGCGUCGAUCAAUGCAAUCAAUGGGCCGGGAUUAAUCGGCACUCCUCGAUUCUCCACUGCCAGCGGGCCACCUCCAGGUCUGAGUGCACCGCCGGGAUUACCCAUACCCAUGGGAAUGGCGACGAAUGGACUUCCAUCUCCCCACCCCGGCCUCAACAACGGAACUUCAAGCAACACCUUUGUACCAAAUCCUGGUCUUGGGAUCGGGAUUAACCCCAUCGGAAAUGGCAUGGGUCGACUCAGACAGGCUUCUCUGAACGAUACGAUCAUUGGAAAUCCAACAGCAGGACCUGCUCUCAGCGCCAUGAAUGGUGCGGGAUAUCCUGAUUAUAUGAUGGGUCGUUAGCCCCCACCAUAUGUCCACUCAUGUUUUAUCAUGAUUUGCAUGUAUAGCGAUACUGAAGCGUCAUGGCGUAAGGGAACUCUGGACUCUGCACGUUAACUAGAUCAUGCGAGGCUCACGGCUGCGGUGCUUCGACUUGUUCAAUUUUUUUUUUUUUUUUUUCCAUUAUACUUUGCUUUCCUUUUUUUUUUUUUCUCUCCCUCUUCACGGACAUUUGCAGAUCAGGGAAAUUUCCUCCGAAUUGUUUGGGUGCAACUAAGCAUGGGAUUUCAGGCGGAUCGAUUCUCGUUACAGAUUUAGCAAGAACGUCCAUGCAUAUUCAUCGAGCGCGUGUCUUGUUGGUCUUUCAAGAGGCGGCCCCGGGGAUGCGAUAUCUCGGUUCUGGAGAAUGGAGCGUCUUCCUUGUCUGCUCUUCUCAAAUGUCUCAGUCUAUGUCGCAUUUUAUUUUAUUUGUUUAUUUUUUUAUUUUUCAUUAACCCUCUGUCAUUAUCAGGUUUGCUUGUCCCCAGCUUUGCACAUUUUGGUUUCAUUUAGCAUCCACAGCCUUUGAACAUAUCCCCUGCUACUCUCUCCCACCUUGGCCCCUGGGUACGGCCAGUCAUCUAUGGCGUUGCAGCUUAAGGGUGGUUUACGGGAUUUCUAUUUUAAUUUUGUGUCCUUUUUAUUUAUUUAUUUUCUUUUUCUUUUUGCUGCAUACAUAUAUACCUCCUGUCCCCCUCCCUUGAACAAAAAGAGCUUGUGAUUCCCCAUUUGCAAGAACACCCACCACGAUACUGCACAUUGGAUCAUUCUGAUUCUAGCAUUUUGACUCUCGGACAACGGAAAAAGGCGUGUGGAAUACUCGGAAGGAAAGCAAGGAUCGUCUGUGGCGGUUAUUAUUCUAUUUCACAUCUGAGAGGAUGCCAUGUAUACCCAUUUAUAUGUCGCUGCUGUCGUUACCGUUUAUUUGGAUUUUACGCUGCCCCUAUGCACUAGGAGGAAUACCUCCAAUUGAUGAUGUGGUUCUGUCUUUGGCCUUUUUACUGCAUAAUGACUUCCCAUUUGGGAGGCCUACAAGUGCUGCUUGUAGGCGCCGGUAACCCCUUUACCCUUUACUUCUUCGAUUUGCUCUUAGUUAACCUGUCUGCUUUGUGCCCUGACGACGUCAAGAAUUUACCUCCCCUCUGCGUUUUAGCUCUUUACCAAGCUUCGAUAGCCUCCUUUGA